GCCAGUCGAGGGGAUCCAGAUGGAGUUAUUUAAAACCGGAGAGACAUGGAUGAGGAGGCUCAGGACAGCGAGUGUCCGGUGUGUUACGAGAGUCUUUCGGACAGCGCCAGGGCGCUCAGCUGCGGGCAUCACUUCUGCCAUGACUGCUUAGUACUAACUCUGGUGAACACCAGCCUGAACGGAUCCAUUAAACGGGAUAAUAUCAUCUGCCCCGUCUGCAGACACCUGACAUUCAUCACAAAGCUCCACGGAUUCACAGUUUCAACGGCUGAAGCCAAAAGGAUUGGAAAGACAUUGGAGCUACCAUCUAUACGCACUCCUGUAUUCCCUGUUGGGUCUCAUACUGGAGGUCUUGGCUGUAUCUGCAGGUGUCUAAAGAGAAUUUCAUGUAGACUAUGUAGACGAAGACUCGUCUGUCCUAAAGACGCUUCAGAAGUGUUCAUCAUAAGUGAGUUGGGUCGACCCAUGACAGAGGGUGAUGUUAUUGACAUUGAGACAACUUCAGGCUUGCAGCAGGACUACAGCAGCCAUGGACAGAGGCUUUGCACCAUCUCCUGCUGCCUUCUGAUUCUAAUGAUCACUUUCACCUUACUGGCUCUGGUGGCUGCCACACUUCCAUGGGUUUUGUUGGCUUAA